CAGCGAAGGUAUAGAGUCUGCUAUAGUUUCUGUUUCUGCCACAUUGAGGCAGAACUCACACAAUGAGGAGAUAAGACAUUAGAGUUCUUGGAAAAAUAGAGAUUGAAAAGGAGAAUCUAUCCACGACCACAGUAAACUGACCACAGGAUUACAAUCACCAUGGUCACGCUGGACUUCACGGCAUGUGCGGCACCCGUAGGCAUUGUGCGGAUAUGCGAGGUGAUCCUCACCUGUAUCUCCUUCAGCUUGGUGGCAUCGGUGGGCCAUAUAUCUCAGUCCUUCUGGGCGUGGUGCAUGUUCACAUGGUGCUUCUGCUUCUGUGUCACCAUCGUCAUACUCUUACUGGAAUUCACCAGUCUCAGCCAAAAGUUGCCGAUCUCCUGGGAUGACUUCACCACAGCAUUUGCCAUGUUAGCCACUCUAAUGGUACUGUCAGCAUCCAUUAUCUAUCCCAUCUUCUACACUUGCUCUAUCUGUGGCAGAUCGAUCGGGGCCUCUGUCAUUUCCUGUGUAGCCUUCCUCCUGUACGCCACUGAGGUCGGACUGACUCGAGCCAAACCUGGUGAGACGAGUGGGUUUCUGUCCACAGUCCCGGGUCUCCUCAAGGUUCUGGAGGCAUUUGUGGCCUGCAUCAUCUUCAUCUGCUUGAACUACAACCACUUCUCGAGGUUUCCUGGACUCCAGUGGUGUGUGGCUGUCUACUCCAUCUGCUUCAUUUUUGCCAUACUUAUCAUCAUUUUUACCAUUUGCCGUCUCUUGACUCUCUUCCCUGCACCGUUUGAUAAAGUCCUGCUAUUUUGCAAUGUGUUGGCAGUGCUGAUGUAUAUCACAGCUGUGGUCAUCUGGCCAUUUUACAGCUUGAGAAAUAAUCCCAGACCCAGCUACUGUGUAAACUUCUUGUGUCCAUGGGAUAAUUUAGUUGUUAUCACUUUCAUGACCUGUUUCAACCUUGUUGCUUACAUUGUGGAUACAGUUUAUUCCUUCAGGCUGACUUUUUUCAUCAGAAGAACAUAGUUAUAUAUAAUCAAAUCUCAAAUAUUUAACAUGAAGGGAAUGUGAUGAAUUAUUUCAGGACAUAAAGCAACACUUGCUUUAAACUUUGGGGAGAUUCUUAUUCCCAUUCUGUUUUUAUUUGUUGAUUUUCUUCUACUGCAAUUGCAAAGUUGUUUGGUCAAAUUCUUCAUGUGAACUGUGAAUAAAAGGUAUUCCAAAGUGUGAGGUUAUUGUGCGUGCUUACACCAAAAUGAGUAUUCAAAUUAAAUUAAUGAGUAUCCUCAAUGGUUGAAUAAUUCCUUCAAAGAUUGAUGGUGAAUAGGAACAGACUCCUCCCUCUAACAGUUUGUUUGUACAGGUGUGUCAUAGUUUGCAUGACACACAUGCAGACUAUCCAUAUCCACUCCCAUUUUUCUGUUAUGGACAUUCAUGAGGAAGGAAACACCUUCCACUUGUAUAUUCUGUCAAUAACCACGUGUGACUGAAGAGAAAGACAAUAAAGUCAAGAACAAUAUUCUGAAA